CGGGGCCUCGCCAUUCGGCCGGGGCUCGGAGGAGGCGGGGCCUGCGCGGGGAUCGUUCGAAGUGGGCGGAGCCAGCGCUGCAUCAGGACCAGUCGUCAGCUGCUGCAUCCCUGGGCUCCGAGCAUCCUCAGGGCCGACGAGCAGAGGCGCCGCCGCAUCUGCCGAAGGAUCACCAGGCCGCCGCUCCCGUCGCGGGCCGCCAUGGCAGAGAUCGCCAGCGUCCGCCCCAGCUUCGAUGUCUCCCCCAUCGUGGCAGGCCUCAUCGGCGCCACCGUCUUAGUGGUGUCCGUCUCGGUGACCGUGUUCGUGUGGACGUGCUGCCACCAGCAAGCCGAGAAGAAGCACAAGACUCCCCCCUACAAGUUCAUCCACAUGCUGAAGGGGAUCAGCAUCUACCCGGAGACCCUGAGCAACAAGAAGAAGAUCAUACGGGUCCGGCGAGGCAAGACGGGCGCGGCCAGGCAAGACGGGCGAGGGAGCCUUUCGGUCGAUGCUGCGGAAGCCGGCUUGGUGGGCACGGACAAGACCCCCAACGGGGUGAACGCCGCUGCUUGCGUCAACCAGCUGCCCAUCAAGGAGGAUUACCGAGAAGAGCUGAGUCCGGAUCAAAGCUUGACCCCCGCAGGCAGCAAAUCUUCCUCGGCGUCGUCCCCGGAAGAUGAUGUCAUGCUGGGGACACUGACUUUCUCUGUGGACUACAACUUCCCGAAGAAGGCUCUAGUGGUCACCAUCCAGGAGGCCCAUGGCUUGCCCGUCAUGGACGAGCAGAAUCAGGGCUCCGACCCCUACAUCAAGAUGACAAUCCUGCCGGACAAGAGGCACCGCGUCAAGACCCGCGUCCUCCGCAAGACCCUGGAUCCGGUCUUCGACGAGACCUUCACCUUUUAUGGGAUCCCUUACAGCCAGCUGCAGGACCUGGUGCUCCACUUCCUCGUGCUGAGCUUCGACCGCUUCUCUCGGGACGACGUCAUCGGGGAGGUCAUGGUGCCGCUGGCCGGGGUGGACCCGAGCACCGGGAAAGUCCAGCUCACCCGGGAGAUCAUCAAAAGGAAUAUACAGAAAUGCAUCAGCCGAGGGGAACUACAGGUCUCCUUGUCCUACCAGCCUGUUGCCCAGAGGAUGACCGUUGUGGUGCUGAAAGCAAGACACUUGCCGAAGAUGGACAUCACCGGCCUCUCAGGUAACCCUUACGUCAAGGUGAACGUGUACUACGGCAGGAAGCGCAUCGCCAAGAAGAAGACCCACGUCAAGAAGUGCACCUUGAACCCGGUCUUCAACGAGUCCUUCAUCUACGACAUCCCCGCGGAUCUCCUCCCGGACGUCAGCAUCGAGUUCCUGGUCAUCGACUUCGACCGCACCACCAAGAACGAGGCGGUGGGGCGGCUGAUCCUGGGGGCCCACAGCGUCACGGCGGGCGGCGUGGAACACUGGCGCGAGGUCUGCGACAGCCCCCAGAAACAGGUGGCCAAGUGGCACAGCUUGAGCGAGUACUAGCCGGGUGAGCCAAAGGCACUGGAGCGCUGGCCCGGGUGUAGACAGACUCUCGACACACACACCCUCUCCCCCACCCACCCUCCCGCCCCCAGUUUUUUUAUUUUUUCCUUUUGUUCCGUUUCCGGUUUUAGUCGUAGAACUUUAAAAAAAAAAAAGUCCGUAAGGAGCAGCUGGCCGGUUCUCUCUAGUGGUGUUUAACAUUUAUUUUUUUGGGCAGGGCACUAAAAACAGAAAUGCAAAACGAAUAAAAUGGGGGGGGGGGAAGCAUUAAUUUUAAUAAUACCACUCUCUAUAUAAAUAAAUAAUAUAUAUAUAUCUAUAUAUUAAAAAAAAAAAACUUUAAAAAAAAAACACAGUGUAACCACACGAUUGCAUGCCGGUGACAAAUGUUUUAAAAAACAACAACGGGGAAACAAUUAGUAUAACUUACCAAUAUCGAGGGGAAGUUUUUGAUACGGUUCUCUGUCAUUCUGGAAGUCAUGUUCGUGAUGAACUGUCUUUGUGGGUAUUCACCACACUCGGCCUCUUCAGCUUCUCUUUCCCCCCCUUUCCCGCGCUCUCGUUUUUCCUUUUUUUCCAAGUUCUUCUGCGGAACCACCGAUUCGGGCUCCGUCUCGUCCGCCACCCGGCAGCUGUGGAUUCUUGACUGUUUCUGUGACUUGGGUGAACGGACUCUGCCUGUUUGCUUCUCGUGCAACAUUUGGCCCGUGGGGCAAAGUGAUUUGUGAGGGGAGCGAUUCGCUUGACCGACGACUCUGGCCGAAAACUAUUUCCUGUACAACAAGGUCUGGGAAUAACGCCAUUCGCAACGCCACCGGCGGCCAAGAUGGAGGCUUCAAUAGCCGGGGCUGGCUGAAGAUCUUUUUACCCCCCACACCAGGGGGGGACGUGUGGCUCUCCAGAUGUUGCCCCACUACAACUCCCAUCAUCACCAGCUGCAAUAAAUUGUGGCUGGGGUGAUGGUAGUUGCAGUUCAGUAAUAUCUGCAAAGAUAUUACUGGCCGAGACUAGGGCCUCAGAAACCCGGUCCUCCUGCUGACGCUGGACCACAGCUCCCAUAGUCCUUAUCUAUCGGUCACUGUCGCGGCGGGGUUGGGGGAGCAAAAGGUUGUGCCACCUUAGCCUAGACGUCAUCCCCAGCCUCAGAGUUUCUAACAGGUGGCCUUCCAGUUGUUGCUGAACCACAACUCUCAGCAGCCCCAGCCACAACAAAUUGUCACAGGGGGUGAUGGGAGUUGUAGUCCAGCAACAUCUAGAGCAGGGAUUCUCAGCGUUGGGUCCCCAGAUGUUAUCAGACUUCAACUCCCAUAAUCUCCAGGCCCAGUGGCCUUUGGCUGGGGAUGAGUAGGGGUUGUGGGAGUUGAAGUCCAAUAACAUCUGGGGACCCAACGUUGAGAAUCCCUGAUCUAGAGGGUCACCAGUGGGGAAGCCCUGACUCCGAGAACCCUGGGCUGCUCUCUCCUGGGGCGGGAGUGAAGGUAGGCAUACUGAAAACACACAGCCAGCUCGAACCUGCAUGCUCUCUCCAGUGCAGGGGGUGACCUUUGAGUUUUGCCGCCCUAGACAGCUGCCUACGCAGUGGAACUGGCCCCAGAAAUAGCUAGGAGGGUCUGUGCAUUGGAGCCCAAUGUUUACGGGGGCCCGGAAGGCAGUCACAUUCCACAAAAAUGCCACCAUUCCUGCUUUGGGGUUGCUGGUUGGUUUGUUUUUAAGUGUCUCUUAUUAUUUGGAGCUGGGACAGCUUCCCAUUCAAACAGCUUUAAGUCACAGCUAGCUUGACCGUCUGUAAAAGGUACAGACUGGCGAUCCGGAUCGAGGCACUAGGGCUGCCAGCACUCUGUCCUCGGCUUACCGCAGGCCUCGUGCCCAUAAUGCCCCUUUGAGCCAGCUUCUGUUGGCACAGGAGGGCAAGCUUCCAGAGUCACUCAGAAACCCUCAUCAUCUUGAGUGACAGGAGUGCCUGCUGAAGAGCUCUGUGAAAUCCCGAAGCCUGCCCCUUCCGCAUCAAUAGAAAGGGGUCCCACGAAAGCCGCCGCUCCUUCUGUCAUCCCUAAAUUAACAGCUUUCUGCAUCGGGCUGGCAAAGAAGCAGGACAGGUCCAGGUUACAGCAAGGGGCACGCAGGAAGCUCACGUGUGCCAGUAUCCACUGUUUCACACCCCCACACACCCCGUCCUUGCCCUGUGCCCUGUGUAGAGUGUAAAUACUGUAUCAUAGGUUCGAACAAAAAUGAAAGAGAAGAAUUUCAAUGUUUACAGUCCUUGAUGGUGGUGGGCGGUGGAAGCCCUUCUCAAGAGACAGAAACGUGUCGAGGGAAAGCCUUUGCUGCAGAGAGAGGCAGAUCACUGGGGCAGGACCGUUCGAGGCUCAGGUGCUUUCCCUGCCCAAAGAAAAUCACAGAACCACCGCGGAGAGGACCGGGAGGCAAGGCAGGUCAACGAGCAGGGUCUCAGCCCCUUCUUACCUAAGAGCCUUUGGGAUCUGGACCUCCCCUUCCUUCCUUGGUGUUUCGGAAGCUGGAAACAGACCACCGUUGGGUUUUUCAGAGAGCUCAAGAGCUUCGAAAGAGAGAUCGGCUUCUCGCGGGGCGUGGUGUUCUGGCCGAACAGACGUUGCAGGGUUGUUGUAUUUAAUCACUCCAAGAACCGAUUUGACCAAGACAACCGUGGGAGAAGGAGGUGCGUGCACGGGUGGAAACGGAACUUUCCUUCAGUCACUUUCCACUCUUAGGAACUAGCGGCCCUCUCCACCCCCCAGAAGGCCUCAAACGGAGCCCGGGGAUGCCUGAAAGCACACGAGGGGGCAGAAGUGAUCCCGUUAGGGUGCCAAGGCCUCUGUGUAGCUCUCCUUGGGACUGGCGUACCCUCGCCGCCCCGCCGCCCACAAAAAAGGCAUCAAAAGGUUUCUGCCUCCUUUCAGUUGCUUUCUGGAUUUGCUGGGUGCCAUUGACACCAUCCAGAGCCCUCCCCGGUGUCCACGCAGGGGGGAAUCCAUGUGGUUUGGCCAGGGUGUGUGCGACACACGCUUCUCUAGACAGAAAAUGCGGAAGGCGGUGAGCGCUUCCCCAAACUGGAGCUCAGCUGCCCCGUCCCAGGAGACGCCUAGAGUUCAUCCAGGUGCAACGAGAGACUUUUCCAUUGCCAAGGAGAAAGCAGAUCCGGUCUCCCCACACGUUCUUCCGGUGCACAGAUCUGGUGCCUCCGCCGGAAGCGCUAUUUUGUGGGCGAAGGCACAAGCCAAGGGCGCAUAGUGGGAAGAGCAGAUCUCAUCCCCUCGCUGCAGUGCACAGGCAAAGGGCUCUGCGGCUUUCUCUAUCCAGCAUGGCCAGCAAAAGAGGCACCCCCCAGCCACUGACUUCCACCCACAAGCCACCAAGGAGCGGGAUAUGGGGGGGGGGAGUAAAGGCAGAGGAAGGAAAGCAGAUCACUUUUCCCGAGGCCUCUGAAAAGGGCAGGUGGAAAGAGCCCUUAGACCACAUCCCAGCUUUUUCGGAUCAGUCAGCUUGCUUUUCAAAAUAGGGCCCCUCUUCAAGAUUGCCAGGGAAGCCCGUUAGACACUUUAACCAGACUUCUUCCGAGAUAGAACCACCAGCCAGCGCCACAGUAUCUCUGCAUUGUGCACCCUUUCAGGUGUGAACUCUCCGCUACACAACCGGUUCGAAUCCCCGGUUGGGUCCCCAACCUCACGGCCACCUCUCGCUUCGCUUCGGUCACUCUUGCUGCUCUGAACCGAACCAUUUCCUCCCCUCUGACUGCUGCGGGCUCGACUCAAACCAAGCGUUAAUGAAGCAUUUCCUCUCUACUUUUCAGUGCAAAUAAAAACGUUUGUUUAGGGUUUUUUUUUUAAAUCUCAAGCCUAAAUCAUUUCUCCUUCCUCCAAUUGUAAAGCAAAAGAUGGACGCUAUUGUCAAGGAAAACGUGCUCAGGGUUCAUUAUGUUUAGGCUUCUUGGGCAGAUAGGGACAGCUCCAUUCCUCCUCAGGAAUAAGGGGAAGAUAAUGAGGGUCAGAUUUUUUUUCCUUUUAAAUGUAAAAUGAACCAUUUGACAGCCGCCUCGCCGCGAGAUCCCCCUUGGUGUGGGUUGUUUGGGGUAGUUUCUAUUUUCUUUUCACCUUGUGUCUAUUGUAAAAUUAAAAAAAAAAAAACUUGGACAAGUUACAACUUUGUGUCAAAACAAAACAAAAAAGCAAGAAAAAAAUAAUAAUAAUAACUUGAACCGUGUACAACUGCCUAAUGCUGUAAUGCUAACCUAACAAGAAAAAAUAUGUAAUGCUAUCUGUAACGUCAACCUUGUUUCAACGCACACAGAGCGUUCAAAUAAAGAUGGAGUCACUUUAAAUUUA